GAUCAAGGUCAUUUAAGCUAUGCCAGGAAGCGUUAUGAUUUAUUUCACGAAUGCGAUGAUCCCCUUAAUGCCAGCAAUAUAGUACCUCCUGAUCCUCAGUUUAUCAUUGUAGACUCUCAAGGAAACAACCUAAAUACAGUAGUUCUCAACAGGAUAACGUGUUUUGUUAUUUUCAAAACCAGAGGGUACACAAUGAGCCUAGGUGAACAAGUUAUUUUUAUGCUGAAAACUCAAAUUCAGCAAUGUACAAUCGUUGAUUCUAACCUCAACUACUUUACGAUUCCAUAA